AUUCUACAUGGAUCCUUCCAUGAACAGCCCGUUGAGUUUAUAACGAGCUCACUCCAGGUCAGCUCGUCCUUUUUCUCCCCUGCUCUCCGUGGCUAUUCAACACGUUGUCCUCUCCAUUCCUCACUUUUCCCAUAGCAUGUCCAACGAUGACGAGGCUGUGAUCAAACCUCCUGAUUCCAGCGCACCAGAUCUACCCUCCAUUCAAGUUACAACCGACUUUUCCUCGCAGGAUACUCCAGACGCUGCGCUUGGUGACGAUGAGCGUUCUGUUCGGUCUGCUACACCGGAGUCGCCUUUUACUAGUUCCUAUUCAUCUCCCCAUGUUAGGUCUCCUAGCGACCCGUCUUACCUGUCACCCGCACCUAUUUUGCGGUCGAAUCCCGCUAGACUCUCUCUAGAAGUGCCUACAACACCUUCUGUGUCCGCACACUCAGGCGACGGCCACUCUUCCGAUGGUUCAUCAUUGCCGCCGCCCUCCCCUACCCUUUCUACACGAUCGUCGAUGGUGCAUUUUGCAUCAUCGCUUCAACUCAGGGAUAAUAAGCCUGAAGAGAAGUCUGGCAUGUCUUCUCUUCAACUUUUAUCCCCAAGUAGCCAACACGCUCGUAAGGGCUCUGUUUCUUCCUAUAACAGCAGCAUUGAAGGCACCGAGCCUGACUCGCAUACUAUAGCUCUAACUCCUUUGAGCCCUAAACCGAGUACGUUGGCGCCUCCUUCACCUACCGCCACACAAUUCGACACCUCUUCUGUAGGUGGUACAACCGUCCGCGAACCUUCGCCUUCGCCUGAUGGCAAGCCAGGCAAGGAUUCUGGCGACGGUAAUGACGGUGAAGAUAGUGGCGAGGGCGAGCCAGAAGCUCGCCCCACCCUUGAUCUAGCCCAGGAUGAGCACAUCGAUCCAGCUCCAUUUGCUUUCAAGCCCUAUCACCUCGCGUCUCUUGUUGACCCUAAGAAUUUCGAGGAGUUGCGCAAUAUGGGCGGCAUCAAAGGCUUACUUCGCGGUUUGGGUACCGAUGCCAAACUCGGUCUCAGCAAGAAGGCUCUUGGUCAUGCAGCGGAUGCUGGGAUGUCUCCUAGUCAUCCUCAUACGCCCCAUCCUGAUACCUCUAACGCAAGUGAUGGAAGACCUGGAACAGGAACUAUACUUGGCGCUGGUGAUGGUGCGUCGCACAGGCACAGUCCUGAAGCGAAAGGCGGCGGAGGAGACUCAAAGGCGGUAUCGGUGCCCGGGAUUGUGGUCACAACGCCUGGAGGCGACGAAGAGUUAGAAGACGCUGAAGAAGGCGUUAGUGAUGAUUCUCAUGGAGGUAAAGGCGGCGCUUACGAUGCCCCACUGGAAGAACGACAUCGAGUAUACGGCGAGAAUGUCCUUCCAACAAGGAAGACAAAGUCAUUAUUGCAACUUAUGUGGCUCGCACUUAAAGACAAAGUUUUGGUACUGCUUUCUAUUGCCGCUGUCGUGUCGCUCGCGCUGGGUUUCUUUCAGGACUUCGGCACGCCUCGACCGGAGGGCGAACCGCCCGUCGAUUGGGUCGAAGGUGUCGCCAUCGUGGUUGCGAUCGCGAUCGUUGUGAUGGUCGGCUCUCUCAAUGACUGGCAGAAGGAACGUCAAUUCCAAGCGCUGAACGAGAAGAAGGAAGAGCGUGGAGUCAAGGUAAUUCGAGACGGUGCUGAGCAAGUCAUUGACGUGAAGCAAGUCGUCGUGGGUGACAUCGCGAUUCUCGAGCCCGGCGAAAUCAUUCCGUGCGAUGGUGUCUUUCUUUCGGGGCACAAUGUCAAAUGCGACGAGUCUGGCGCGACAGGUGAAUCGGAUGCAAUCAAGAAGGUCUCUUACGAGGAAUGUCUUCGUGUAUACAAGCGCGCUCUCAGUGCUCGUGACAAUGAGGGAAGUUCCGAUGCACACCAGAAGGCAGAAGUUAGAUUGGAGGACGAGAUGAAGCAUACCGAUUGCUUCAUGAUCAGUGGUAGUAAAGUCCUCGAGGGCUAUGGUAGUUAUGUCAUCAUCGCAGUGGGACCUAGGAGCUUCAAUGGUCGAAUCAUGAUGGCCUUGCGAGGCGAUGCGGAAAAUACGCCGUUGCAGUCGAAACUCAACAACCUCGCUGAACUCAUUGCCAAGCUGGGAAGCUUGGCUGGUAUCAUCCUCUUCACAGCUCUCAUGAUUCGGUUCUUCGUACAAAUCGGUACCAACGACCCACCUCGGACCGCUAAUCAGAAGGGUAUAGCCUUCGUCCAAAUUCUCAUUAUUUCGGUUACUCUCGUCGUCGUCGCCGUUCCUGAAGGUCUUCCCUUGGCUGUAACACUUGCCCUGGCUUUUGCCACGAAGCGCAUGACCGGGGAGAACCUUCUGGUUCGAGUUCUCAGUUCUUGCGAGACUAUGGCCAACGCUUCCGUCGUCUGUACAGACAAGACUGGAACGUUAACUCAGAACGUUAUGUCCGUCGUCGCUGGUUCUAUUGGUAUCAACUGCAAAUUCGUUCAUCAUCUCAAGGAGAACCUCGCUCGCACGAACGCAGGCGAGGAAGCUGGAGUCAAAGCUGAGCUUCAUCGCAGGCAUGCUGAAGACUUCUCCGUUGAUCAGACCGAGCUUGGGGAGGUUCUCAGCCCUGCUAUAGUCGACUUGUUCAACGAGGCUAUUGCUGUCAAUUCGACCGCAUUCGAGGAUCAUGAUCCUAUCACAAAGGAACUGGUUUUCGUAGGGAGCAAGACCGAGACCGCUUUGCUCAAGUUCGCAAAGCAGAACGGUUGGGAAGAUUACAAAAAGACUCGCGAGUCUGCGGAUAUCAUUCAGAUGAUUCCGUUUUCGAGUGAGCGGAAGGCCAUGGGUGUCGUCAUCAGACGCGGUCGUGGUUAUCGACUGUACCUUAAGGGUGCUAGCGAAAUCCUCACGAAGAAGUGCACGAAGCAUAUUGUUGUUUAUCCCAGCGUCAAGGAAUACCCUAGUGAGGACGAAAUCGAGACAAAGGAAAUCGACGAGCUCGCAAGCGACAACAUGUCAAGGACGAUCAUUUUCUACGCUAACCAAAGUCUUCGCACAAUCGGUGUAUGCUACCGCGACUUUGAUUCUUGGCCUCCGCCGGGAACUCACUUUGAAUCGGAGGAUGAGGUAUCAUACGACGACCUCGCUCAGGACAUGACACUCAUCGCCAUCACUGGUAUCGAAGACCCCCUGCGUGAGAGUGUCCGUCAGGCCGUGGCUGACUGCCGAAAGGCGGGCGUCGCCGUUAAGAUGUGCACUGGUGAUAAUGUCCUCACUGCUCGUUCAAUUGCUCUUCAGUGCGGUAUCUACACCGAGGGCGGUAUCAUUAUGGAAGGUCCCGUCUUCCGGCAGCUGAACGACGCCGAUCUGCUUGAGGUUGUACCUCGUCUCCAGGUUCUGGCCCGUUCGUCACCGGAAGACAAGAAGAUUCUCGUCGAAAAGCUCAAGUCUCUUGGCGAGAUCGUCGGUGUUACUGGUGACGGUACAAAUGACGGCCCUGCUCUCAAAACGGCCGACGUUGGAUUCUCCAUGGGUAUCGCCGGAACUGAGGUCGCCAAGGAGGCUUCCGAUAUCAUUCUCAUGGAUGACAAUUUCGCUUCCAUCGUCAAGGCUAUUAUGUGGGGACGUUGCGUGAACGACGCUGUCCGCAAAUUUUUGCAGUUCCAGAUUUCCGUGAAUAUCACCGCCGUUAUCAUCACGUUCGUAUCAGCUGUGGCCUCAAAUGAGGAGGAGUCCGUCCUCUCCGCAGUUCAGUUGCUUUGGGUCAACAUUAUCAUGGACACGUUUGCUGCUCUCGCUCUCGCUACUGACCCGGCGUCGCCAGCACUCUUAGACCGUAAACCAGAGAAGAAAACGGCGCCACUCUUCUCUGUCGAUAUGUACAAGCAGAUUAUUGGCCAGUCUUUAUACCAGACAGUAAUCACUCUGGUCUUCCACUUCCUCGGCACCAAGAUCCUUGGUUUCCACCACGAAAAUGAUUCUGAUUUACAGAAGCAGCAUGAUGAUACUGUUCAAACUCUCGUGUUCAACAUUUUUGUCUUCGCUCAAAUUUUCAACUCCAUCAACUCUCGCCGUCUGGAUAAUAAACUGAAUAUUUUCGAAGGCGUCCUGCGUAAUUACUACUUUAUGGGCAUUACAUUAAUUGAGGUUGGUAUCCAAAUUCUGAUCGUCUUCGUCGGAGGCGCCGCUUUCCAAGUUACUCGCAUCGGUGGACGUGAAUGGGGUAUCUCCAUUGCUCUCGGCCUCGUCUCUAUUCCCCUGGGCGCACUCAUUCGCAUGAUACCCAAUGGUCCAGUGGAACGUUUCUUCAUCAAGAUCCGAUUGUUACCCAACCCCGAAGUCCUCCCCACCGCUAGUCCAGAAGCCGAAUGGAAUACUGCCAUUCAAAUGGUCCGUGAUAACCUAAACACUUUUGCCCAUGUAAGGGGAGGUCGCAUGCGCGCAUCGUCUUAUGUGGGCAAGAGUAGAAAGGCCGUUCCUACUAUUGCUCCUAAGUCUCAAGCUGCCAUCCCUUCACUUAUGACUAUGGUGCCAUCGUUGGUGGCCUCCUCCAUCGGUGCGGGAUGGUCGCCACAGCCACAAUCACCAACUGCAUUGUCGGAUCCAGCACAUUUUGACCCGUCCAAGUCCUCCGCCGCGUUGUGGGAAGGCAAAAUUCAGAUACAUCCUGACACGAAACCUGACGAUCCUGCAUAUAAGAAAUGGGCAUCACCUUCCAACAAACCGUAGAUUCUGUUUUCAUCGUCGAUCCUUCGUCCACGUACACUGUCACCUCCUCUUUCGGUUGAUAUUUCUCUGCUUUCUGGAUCCCCAUCAUUCUGCUAUCGUAAUACCUUUUUAGCCAUAAACGAUAAUGCGGAUCUUUACAUUACCCUCAUGCUUCACAUGUCGCCUGGUCAGUGUACCUUACAAAUACCUGUCCUUAUUUUCAGAGCAGAUUCGAGAUCUGCGGACGCCUGAACCCCUCAUGUGUAUUAUGAUCAUGUCAUGCGAUAACAAUAGACACGCUCGUUUCCAAAGUUUAUCUGUAGUAUAAUUGGCUUUACAACUCCACUUCAAUACGAUGAUACAAUUCAGCUUCGUUCCUCAACUG